UUGUUCUGAUUAGGAGGAUCUUUCAUAUCGCCGGCGACUGAACUGUUUCUGGAUAUGGAUGGAGGGGAAGCUUCGUCUGUAAAUCAGAUCGAGAAUUGGACAGAAGAGCAGGAUGAGCUGAAGAAGAAGCUGAUCGAGUACGAUGACUUUACAUGGAAGUUAUCUUCAUCAAUGGAACUGUCUCAGGGAUCGGAGAUGCUUAAGUACGUUGGAGGUGUAGAUAUGAGCUUUUCCAAGGAAGAUUCAUCCGUCGCCUGCGCUUGUCUCGUUGUUCUCGAGCUACCUUCUCUGCGUGUAGUCCAUCAUGAGUUCUCUCUUCUCCGUCUUCAUGUUCCUUAUGUCCCUGGAUUUCUUGCCUUUCGUGAGGCUCCGGUUCUCUUGCAGAUUCUGCAAAAGAUGAGGGAUGAUAAGAAUCCUUUCUAUCCUCAGGUACUGAUGGUGGAUGGAAAUGGAAUACUUCAUCCACGAGGAUUUGGCUUGGCGUGUCAUUUAGGUGUUCUUGCUCACCUCCCUACCAUUGGGGUCGGAAAGAACCUGCAUCAUGUGGAUGGUCUGAAUCAAUCUGAGGUGAGACGGUCACUUCAGCUCAAAGAAAACGAGCAUGAGCAAGUUAUUUCUUUGGUAGGGAACUCUGGAUUUACGUGGGGAGUAGGAUUUCGUCCAACUCUGAGUUCUCUAAAGCCCAUAUACAUUUCGGUUGGCCAUCGCAUAUCACUUGAUUCUGCUGUUGAAAUUGUCAAGAUGACCUGCAAGUACCGUGUUCCCGAACCUAUUAGACAGGCAGAUAUGAGAUCAAGAGCAUAUCUCCAGAACCAUCAAACUGAGCCUUUUAAAAGAACCAGGACUGCGACGACCGGAUCAGACUGAACCUUAUUCUCUCGAACAAGGCAUUAAACACUAUUCCAUAGAACUCUCCAAAGUCUUUACUUCAAUGGACAGAUCACGUCACUGAAGAUCCACCCCAAUUCUCUCCUUGAUUUAUCUCACUGACUCGAUGAUUGCAAGAUAAUCAAUGUUGUAUCUAAUACAUUGGAAUGUUCUUUACAUACAUACCGUAAAGCUUAGUGUAAAUAGAAAGAGUAGGAAAGUGGACUAAGGUCAUGGUAUAAUUUUUAGUUGUUUGGGGACCUUUUGGGAUAUUAGAAGAGUUUGAGGUUCUCCACAACAAUUCCAGUGGUCUUUGGUUUGGUAUUUCUCUUGGUUCACCACCGUCUGUAAAUCGUUUCUCAUUUAAUAAUAAAGUAAAAGUUUUCUCAA